UCCAACAGCAGUCAUGAAGCUCUUCCUCUUGGCUCUUAUCUGUUUCUAUAGCCCCACAGCAUGCGUGGUGGAAGGUGUAGGAAGUGAAGUCAUAAAAAAGAGUUUUUGUGUGAGCUGGAGCCAGCCCCUACAAAGCAAGAGGGUGAAGAGCUACGCCAUUGAUGAGGGCCCCAUGACAGCAGUGAUUUUUAUCACCUGCAAGGGGUUUAAAAUCUGUGCUGAUCCUGAGGCCAAUUGGGUAAAAAAUGUCAUGAAUUCUGUGGACAGAAGAACCACCACAAGGAAAGCAACCAGGCCAACAGCCUCACAACCACCUACUAACAAGGCCAUUCUCAAGUUUGGGCUGACACCAUCUUUCUAGGUGUGUGAUGGAUUGGAUUCAAGCAGGGGUGGAGAACCCGCAUCCUUGAGGCCACAUGUGACCCACUAAGUCCUCAGGG